ACAAGAAAAGUAAAACACAAAUGUGCAUGUGUACCUGUCUGUCUACAUCCCUCCAAAUUGACCCAACACCUUCAUAUUCGUGGCCUUCCAUUUACUCAAACCCAUCAAACACUUUUUUCAUAAUUCAAACUUAAUUUGAUAAAUCUUCUUCUAAUUCCUAAUUCUAAUCCAAAUUCUUUUCAAAAACCCAAAUUUUUUUUUAUAAUCUCUCCCCUUAAUCUCUUUUCCGCCGACAUUCUUCCUUGAAUUUUUAGUGGUUUUAUUUCAUAAUUCUUUUUAUUGUAUACAAUAUUUUACACCUACUUUUGUGAUUUUUGUUUGAUUUAGAAGGGAAAAGGGGAAAAGCGGUUGAUCCGUAGAUCUAGUAGUCUUAAAUUACGGAUUCAAUUUUAGAUGAUUUAUGAUUGCUAAUCUACUUUUCAUUCAUCACAAAAUCAUCAAUCCUGGGUUUUAAUCCCUUUUUUUAGAGGUUGAGGCUUUUGCUUCAGGUACAAUGCAGGUGAUGUCCUGGCACUUUUUAUGAUGGACUUGGCCUUGUACUUUACCAUUGAAGAAGGCUUCUGCUUUAGACUCUGCUAUUUCAGGACUUAAUUUUUAGUUAUUUAUACGUAAGGGCUCCUUUGAUACCAUGGGAGAGUGGGUUAUUGGAGCUUUCAUUAAUCUUUUUGGAAGCAUUGCUAUAAACUUUGGAACUAACCUUCUCAAGUUAGGUCAUACUGAGAGAGAGAGGUCUUUGCUCGAGAAUAAAGAGACUGUUGGGAAGAUUGUUGUGAAGCCAAUCACUCAAUUUCAGACGUGGAGAGUUGGCAUUCUAUUCUUUGCUUUUGGAAAUUGCCUGAAUUUUAUAUCAUUCGGAUAUGCUGCUCAGUCACUUCUUGCAGCUCUGGGAUCUGUGCAGUUUGUUUCCAACAUUGCAUUUGCCUAUUUUGUUCUAAACAAGAAGAUCUCGGUGAAGGUACUAGUAGCUACAGCUUUCAUUGUUCUUGGAAAUGUUUUCCUUGUUGCUUUUGGCAAUCACCAGUCACCUGUAUUUACUCCCGAGCAAUUGGCUGAGAAGUACAGCAACAUCACAUUCCUUUUGUACUGCUUAACUUUGGUAUUUAUUGUUGCCUUUCAUCAUUAUGUUUACAGGAGAGGAGAAUUCCUUGCUACUUCUGAGCACGAAGUCAAGUCCUAUUGGAAGAUGCUUCUUCCUUUUUCCUAUGCAGUUGUUUCAGGCGCAGUGGGUUCCUGUUCAGUGUUGUUUGCCAAGUCUCUAUCUAAUCUUCUAAGACUGGCCAUGUCCAGUAGUUAUGAACUACAUACUUGGUUCACAUACUCCAUGCUUCUGUUGUUUCUUAGCACAGCUGGUUUCUGGAUGGCUAGACUGAAUGAAGGAUUGGCUUUUUUUGAUGCUAUUGUCAUAGUACCCAUGUUCCAGAUUGCUUGGACGUUUUUCUCGAUUUGUACAGGAUUUAUAUACUUCCAGGAAUAUCAGGUCUUCAAUACUCUACGAACCACAAUGUUUAUCUUAGGAAUGAUGUCUGUUUUCUUAGGCAUUACUUUGCUUGCUCCCGAUGAGGCAAAAGGUGGUGAAGCCAAAGAAAGUUCCUUGGAUGCUAUCACAUCUCAAAGUGUUGAAAAUGACGGGGAAAGGUUGUUAGUGACAACAUCCGAGGAUAUGCAAAGCCCAGAAGGGAAGCCAUUUGUACAAAGACUAUUGACCAAAUCUACUGAUGUUAUGCUGAAAGCAAAGACUACUUGCUUAUUAGCACUAGGUUUGGGAGAGCAUACGAUCAAUGCAUCCUCAGUUCUAGCAAUGCCGAUGUUAUCAUCAAAGAUAACCGGAUUUAGAGGCACUACCGUGGAUCGGGCCAAGUUUUUCCCCAUGCGAAACAGUGGCUGGGAUAAAAUCCCGAUGGAUGAAGACGGUGCUAAACUGCUGGAGACGAGUUCGCUUGUCUAGCAGCGUCAUAGGAUUAUUAGUUUUGUUAAAUGAUUUUAUCGACACCAUUUUACGGUGUCAAACUUAUAGGCUAUUAGAGUGACGAAAUUCUUUCCCACUAUCGUUUAGUAUAUAAUCAAAAUGAAUUGUUAUUGGUGUACAUACUCGAUCUUCUGAUCAACGAUCAUCCUUGUACAAUUUGUCAAGUAAAUAUGUAAAAGAAAUUGAUGAACGAUUGUCAAUCUUCGAAAUUAUUGUGAUAUUCAGAUUGCUAGCACUUGCCUUGCCUCCUCCA